CUCGAAGGUCUAAUCCCAUUGCUGUGCUUUCUGUCCCGAGUUAAAAAUACAGUGCCGGAGAUUAGCGCUGUGAUUUAAGGACUGAAGCACCUCACAGCUUUCAAACCAUUCCCAGAAACCAAUGGUGCCACAUGCAGUCUCACACACAAGGUAAAAAUAAUAAUGUGUGGAGGUUCUGGAGGAGGUGUAGGUUCAGAAGGAGGUCUGGGUUCUGGAGGAGGUUGGGGUUCUGUAGGAGGUAUGGGUUCUGGAGGAGGUGUAGGUUCAGAAGGAGGUCUGGGUUCUGGAGGAGGUUGGGGUUCUGGAGGAGGUGUGGGUUCUGGAGGAGGUGUGGGUUCUGAAGGAGGUGUUUUUGCUGGAGGAGGUGUGGGUUCUGAAGGAGGUUGGGGUUCUGGAGGAAGUUGGGGUUCUGUAGGAGGUGUGGGUUCUGAAGGAGGUUGGGGUUCUGUAGGAGGUGUGGGUUCUGGAGGAGGUGUGGGUUCUGUAGAAGGUGUGGGUUCUGGAGGAGGUUGGGGUUCUGUAGGAGGUGUGGGUUCUGGAGGAGGUGUGGGUUCUGGAGGAGGUGUGGGUUCUGUAGAAGGUGUGGGUUCUGGAGGAGGUUGGGGUUCUGAAGGAGGUCGGGGUUCUGAAGGAGGUCGGGGUUCUGGAGGAGGUUGGGGUUCUGUAGGAGGUGUGGGUUCUGGAGGAGGUUGGGGUUCUGUAGGAGGUGUGGGUUCUGGAGGAGGUUGGGGAGAUACAAGGAUUUUUCCAUCCUCUAGAAAAUUCGACAGUGAGAUUAAUUCCUAUAAAAAAAUCACUUUUUAUAAUUAA